AUGGACCAUUCACACAUGGGCCACGGCCACAUGGGCCAUGGCGGCUCGGGCAUGGACGACAUGUGCAGCAUGGACAUGCUCUUCACCUGGGACACGACAAACCUCUGCAUCGUCUUCCGCCAAUGGCACGUCCGCUCCACCACCUCCCUCGUCUUCUCCCUCAUCGCCAUUGUCCUCCUGGCCAUGGUCUACGAGGCCCUCCGUUCCCUCUCCCGCCGCUUCGAGGCCAGCCAGAACCGCCGCCUCGCCGACAUGCCCAGGCAACAUCGGGUCCAGGCGGCCCAACGCGUGCACCUCAUCAAGGCCCUUCUCUACGCCCUGCAAAAUUUUUACGCCUUUAUGCUCAUGCUGGUCUUCAUGACGUACAAUGGCUGGGUGAUGGUGGCCGUCUCCGUCGGCGCUUUCCUCGGAUAUCUCGUCUUUGGACAGUCGACGUCGGCGACAAAGGACAAUGCGUGCCACUAA